UUUUUGGUGGAUGUUUUGCAUCUGCUGUUGUUCCCUCUCCCGCUCAUGCAGCCGCUGACGCUUGCUUCUCCCUCCACUCAUCAUCUCGCUCCCAAGUGAAUCCAAGGCAGGGUCCCCCAGAUCACUGGACAGAUCCCAGUUCCAGCCUCAUCGCAAAACUGCGCCUCUCAUUCUUCUCUCAGCUCACCAUCACCUCACUUGACUCUGGCGGCCAACUCUCACUCAUUCUUCAUCAAUCCCAUACCUCGGCGGGCCCUUAUUAACACCUUAUUCGAGUCGCAAUUUGGUCACCAUCUCAACUAACAAUUUUAAACCCUCGACGUUGGUCGCUCCUUCCUCUACCCAAGUCAUGCGAUAGAUCACUCACCACACCGCACAACGACAACAACAACCAUGGACACCGACGAGAUUUCAGAUUUAUCCUCUCCCCUAAGCUCUAUACCAAGCUCUCCACUCAGUUCUCCUCCGAGUUCGCCGGUCUUGCCUCCUGGCUUUCAGGUUCUCACUCCUCCACCUUCACAGCAUGCCGGUGACGAUAUGCCUCCUGCUCGCAAACGCAGAAAAAUCGAACCGAGAACAAGAACCACACAACACCUCGAUCUCACUUCCGACACUGCGCAGUCAGACUAUGAUCGCACAGAUGCUCUAGAUACACUACUCAAAGCUCUGCGAAACAGGAAAAAGAUUGUUGUCAUUGCAGGAGCAGGGAUUUCUGUCUCAGCUGGAAUCCCUGAUUUCAGAUCUUCCCAUGGCCUGUUCAACAGCCUCAAAGGCGAGCACAAAUUGAAGAGCUCCGGAAAAAUGCUGUUCGAUGCUUCAGUCUACAAGGAUGACCACUCCACCUCGAGUUUUCACGAUAUGGUGCGGAAACUCUCCAAGAUGUCUGAGAACGCCAAGCCGACUGCUUUUCACCGUUUUCUCGCACGCCUGUCAGUGGAAGGGCGAUUGCUGCGGCUAUAUACACAGAAUGUGGAUGGUUUAGAAAGCUCUCUUCCGCCCCUUGCAACUCAAGUACCCCUUAAUCACAAAGCGCCAUGGCCGCAGACUAUUCAGCUACAUGGUGGGCUCGAAAAGAUGAUGUGUCAGAAAUGCAGACACAUCUCCGACUUUGAGGCGCACCUCUUUGACGGACCAACCCCUCCUCUGUGUCCUCAGUGCGUCGCUGCCGAUGCGCUCCGAACGAAACAUGCUGGCAAGCGAAGUCACGGCGUUGGGAAAUUGCGACCGAGAAUUGUUCUCUACAACGAGCACAAUCCAGACGAUGAGGCGAUUGGAGCAGUGACUACAGCUGACUUUCGAACAAGACCUGAUGCAGUAGUUGUGGUGGGAACAAGCAUGAAAAUCCCGGCAGUGCGCAGAAUUGUUCACGAGAUGUGCCAGAUCGUCCGAGAUCGCAGAGAGGGCACCACGAUAUGGAUCAACCGAGAUCCGGUUCCGCCAGGAAAAGAUCUCGAAAAUUUGUGGGAUCUGGUUGUGAAGGGCGACAGCGACGAGGUCGCACGUCUGGCAGCCUUGCGGGAAUGGGAUAAUCCAGCCGUCGAUCUGGUCGAAAAUUACACCACCGCCGAUUUGGAGAGGGUCAAAUCAAGUCAAGGACAAAUAGAGAUUGUCAUCCCGACCUCCCCGAAGAAGGCUGAAAAGAACGUCAAAGACAAGCCUGUCCAGCGGUUACUACCUUCUGUCGAGGUUCACUCAAUGACACCCCCACGCAGUCAGAACGGCGGUUCACCCCGAAAGUCAUCGGAAGACAGACAGACAGUUUCUUCGUCGCCUCUGCGUAUCAAGCUCAAAGUUGGGGAGCGAAGCAAGCAGGCAGCAGCGGCACAAGUCAAGAAUCCAGCAAGCACUGGAAGAUCUAUUGCCGAUGUAUUAGGCGGCAAGGAGAAUCCUAGAAAGCCGGACCACAAGCCCAAAACUUCACUUAACGGGAACCCAAAAGUCACCAAAAUCCGAGCAUCGAUGAAUUCUCGAAAUCUCUUGACCCAGCAACGCAUCAGUGGCAAGAUCACUAAAUCUACGGUAUCGGUAGAGAUUACGCAAUCAUACAAGAAGGCUGCACCUGAGCCGUUAUCACCACGACGGGAUUCCAACGAGAUGCUGAUUCCACCUCAGAAGUCCGGCUACUCGAGCGUGGAAGUCAGUCCAGCGCCAGAAACGCCUCCUUCGAUGAGCGGAGAAUGGAGGAACAGCGAAACAAUCUCUCCCACAGGACGGAUACCAUCGGAUAUGGUUCGAUUAUUGAACUGAGGAGGCACAAUCAUGAUCCCCUCUUCUCGAUGCCCCGGGCGUUCAGAGUUAUCGCAGCUCCACGAACUGAUUGUCAUGCCCACCAUCAUGUGCCGAUGCACGAGAGCUUUGAUAGAGUGGAACCUGCAACCCUUGACAAGAGCAGUUGAAAGGGGUGCGUGCAGAACGACGUCGUAUUUGUGGUUAUACUAUGGUCUGUCAUGUCUUGAGAUGCGAGACAGCAUAACUUGGCUUAUCUUUUAGCGAUUGCAUGCAUACAAGGAAGGGCCACACAUGAGCCUGGGAAAAUGGGCUUCAGGCUAGUGGAGAGUCAUACUCGUGCAUUUUACAGUGGCUGGAUGAUAUGGUAGCAUGGCUUGGAUUUUAGCAGAGCAUGCAACAGUAUCCUAAAAGCAUAGAAUACUCCGGAGCUGGACUACAACCACUCCUAGUCCGAGAUAUACACCCGACAUCAUUCCCUUUCUUGGCUCAGGCUUCUAAGA